AUGGGAAUAUUUCAGGAAUAUAUGUUGCAAAGCUCUUUGCAUGGUGCAAAGUAUGUUGUUGAUAGUGAAAAAUAUUCUCGAUAUGAGAGAGUCUUUUGGGCGAUUUGCAUUAUUCUGUCAUGGAUUGGCUCCGUGUUUCUUAUUAAAGCUUCUUUGAAUGCUUUUAAUAACAACGCUAUAAGCUUUGUAGUUGAAAGCUCUUACCUCGAUUGGGACACUGACUUUCCUUCAAUCUUCAUAUGCGAAAAUAAAAAUAUGGAUCGUGUUCAAGAAGCAGCUGAUAAAAUAUUUGGAGAAGAUCACGACUUCACAUUAGAAGAAGUUUUAAGUGAAAUUGUCUACUUUCGUGGCGAGAGCUAUCAUACAAUUCACGAGUGCGCCGGUGACGAAAAUAUCAACGAGAAGUGUUUACUUGGCAAUUAUUCGUAUUACGCAAAUUUCGUUCGAAGCAAUUGUGAGAAUUCAUUGACUGAAUGUGCAUUUAAUGGAAAGUCUUUUGAUUGCUGCAAACAUUUCUUGCCAAUCGAAACUGAAAUUGGACGUUGCUUUGCAUUAAAUUCUGGCCAGACUAAAAAACCACCAAAUUACACACCAUUGAAUCUCAAAUCAAAUCGCUUCACAGGACCUGGAUCAUUAAAAAUUAAAAUUCAAACCGAAAGUUUUAUGUAUACAAUUGGAUAUUACGAAGUACCCAACUUGGUAACACCCAAGACAGACAUUCUUCAAGUUGAUCAAUUUAUUCAUUACAAACGUCAACUUUCAAUAAAAAAUGUUGAAAAUGAUCCCGAAGCGCGAGACGUCAGCGUUUUGCAAAGAAAUUGUCGAUUUCCGGAAGAAAAUUUCGUUGAAGUGCAUAAGUAUUACAGCUUUUCCGCAUGUAGUGUUCAAUGUCGUAAAGAUGAACAAAGUAAACUUUGUGGAUGUAAUUCGCAUGUUAUGCCAAAUACUGAAAUUGAACAACAUUGCGAAAUUGACGGACUUGUUUGCUUGAAUAAACAUUAUGAAGAUUUAUCAAUUGUCAUCGCAGCAUGGAGUAAAGCCAGAAAACGUAAAGGCAUUGUAUGUGAUUGUCUACCUAGUUGCUAUGAGGUAGACAUUAUGGUGAUCCACGAGACCCGUGACAAUAUUUAUGAUCCCAGCGUUGAUCCAUAUUCCAUUAUUGAAGUGUCAUUGGCAAGCUUGCCAACCGAAAGAUAUAAACGAAAUGUUGUCAGAGGCAAAAUAGAUCUUGUUGUGUCGAUUGGUGGUUCAACUGGUCUUUUCGUUGGCGCUUCUUUGCUGUCUUUUGUCGAAAUCAUUUAUUACUUCACCAUUCGUGCUGGCCUUUUCAAUUGCGUCAAUGUCUUCAAGCACAAAUCCACAUUUUCUGACGUAUUCACAAAACUGCAACGAUAUUAA